ACACUGUCUUCCUGAUCAGCUGUAUGACUCACUACAGGUAAAGUUCAGGGUUUUAUUUUGGAGUUUAUUGGUUAAGCUUGAAACAGUUAAUUAGUUUUAGAGUUUAGACUCUUAAAGUUUCUUGAAAGUUUGAUCAAAAAGGGAUGCAACAACACUGAAGGCUAUGGGAGAACCACGAGGAUCACACAGUCACGACCAUUCUCAGUCCCUGUCUCCUGUCCAGACCAUAAACCUGGUCCUGAUUGGUGAGAGAGAGGCUGGGAAGAGUGCAGCUGGAAACGCCAUCUUGGGAGCCAUGGCCUUCGACCAGGUUGGGGUGAGAACCAGAACAAGCGUGCGUCGAGAAGGUAUAGUAAGAGGAAAGCGUGUUGUGGUGGUGGACACACCAGGCUGGGACUGGUUUAACCUGAGCGGCUCCUUUGCAUCCCCUCUCACUGUGAGGAAGGAGAUGAUCUCAAGUAUGACCCUGUGCCACCCAGGUGCUCACGCUCUGCUGCUGGUGGUUCCUCUGUCGUUCUCCUUCACCGCAAGGGAGCGCCAUGUUGUGGAGGAACAUGUAGAUCUGUUCGGACCACAAGCCUGGAGACAUGCACUGGUCCUGUUCACUGUGAUGGACACCAAGCGCCUCCGUGACUCCACCUUGCAGGAUGAGGUGGAGGUGAAUAGCGAGCUGCAAAAGCUGGUGGAGAAGUGUGGUGGGUGGUACCAUGCUCUCCAUGGAAGACCCACGAGAGGAGAAGACCAGGUCGCAGAGCUUUUGUCUAAGAUCCAAGAGAUGGUGUUUGCAGACGGAGAAUCGAUGCUCCUCAGUGACCAAGUGCUCAAAUGGUACAGGGAGAGAGAGGAGCAGGAGGAGAGGCAAGAAGAAGAAGAGAUGAGAAAGAGAGAAGAGAAGAUGCAAAGAGUCAAGCAGUCUCUCAGGAAGAAGGAGAUGGAAAGGAGGAUGAGAGGAGAUAAAAUAAAAGUUGGUGAAAAGGAGGAAAACAGAUGGCAGAAAAGAGAUGUUCAGAAGGAAAUGAAUGGUACAGAACUUCAGGAGCCAUCAGUGACUGUGCGAGAUGGGACAUAUUUCACUCAGGUCUGUAAGACACAGUAGAAGAAACAAGAAAAGAUGGAGAGGUGCAAGCUACUACACAAGUUGAUUUAUUUAUUUUUGGAGACUCUUGGACUUUUGUAUUCAGUCACACCCAAACUACAGACACACACUAGUGAGUUAAGCCUCUUUUAUAAUGACAACAUUCAUUUGACUGUGUACACAGUGGUUUAAUCAUACAAGAGAUUUACAGUCAACAAAGAGUUAAGAAACCACAAGCAAAAUGCACACAUAUGUGACUGAAUAGUCUUCUUUACCAGCCUAACCACAACAUAAAUGUUUCCUGUUCGAUUACUUAAUUUUGUUUAUAAAGUUUAUACAGCACUGCUUAGAAAUAGAAAAAACAUUUACAGUAGCAGAGAAAUUUUGUGUAGAAAUAGAAGGGAUGUAAAAAGUCAUUUCAGGGUUUUUUUCAGGAAUUUUGGAGUAUUAAUCAACACUUCGUGAUUGUCAUCUGCAUGUUAAUUAUUGAAAUAGUCAUUGUUUAUACAGUUACGUUGAUUACCUGUUGAACAAAAUGAAAUUUGAACAUGACAACAAUGGAAAUAAACAAAUCCCAGACAU